ACAGAAACUGCAAAAUCAGUAUGCUGUCUAGAAAUAUUCUCAGUUGGUUAGUACUGCUAUUUACUCUAGCUGCUGGAGUGAGCACUAUCACAUUGUGCCAGUGGAUUCAACCGACUUUUGCAGUAAUAACUAUGGAAAUGGAACUUGUUUUACUUUGGAGCAGCUUGUUCAAACAGACUUGUUAUCUGGAGGAGAUAUUCUCACCUUGAGCUUUUUACCUGGAGAUCAUGUGUUAACUGAGCAGUUAUUGAUUCGUAAUUUUUCACAUGUACAUAUCACCAGUCAGAACAAAAGUACAGCUGUUGUGAGAUUCUAUAGCAAUGGCGAAAUACGUUUCAUUAGUAUUACCAAAACGAUUAUUAAAAACUUGAGUUUCGUUGGAGCAAAUUAUGGACCACUAAACUCACAUCAAGGCUUGAUCAUUGACGAUGUGCACGAUGUCUAUAUCAACAACUGCUACUUUAUGAACUUUGAAUUACUCAAUCAGGCGGAAACCCACAUAGUUAAAAUUGCUAAUACUCAUACCACAAAAAUUGAAUGCAUCGUAUUUGUGAACAACACUGGUCAGGCACUGCAUGUUGAGGCUGAUAAUGUGCACAUAAAAAAUAGUAUGUUCACUAGAAAUGAUGGAGGUGUGGUUGACAUUCAAUCAAAAAACGCACUGAUCAACAACACAGAGUUCAACUACAAGAGUACUGAGAGUGGAAGAGCAGUAGAAAUGGUAUCUGGUACUGUAGUUAUCACUUGGUGUAACUUUAUAAAUAACAAAGCUUUUCAGUUUGGUGGAGCGAUUGGUAUUGGCAGUGUGUCCAUCUCCGACAGUGUGCUGAAAAACAAUGGUGCUUACGAGUUAGGUGGAACGAUUAGUGUUUCCUCAAGUAGUGUAUCCAUCUCCAGCAGUACACUGACAAACAACAUAGCUGACCAUGGUGGUGGAGCGAUUUAUGUUUCCUCAGGCAGUGUAUCCAUCUCUGACAGUACACUGAUAAACAACAGAGCUGACUAUGGUGGAGCGAUUUAUGCUUCUUCCUCAAGCAGUGUGUCCAUAUCUAACAGUGUGCUAGCAAACAACGGUGCUAACAGUAGUGGUGGAGCGAUUUACAUUUCUUCAAGCAGUGUGGUGUCCAUCACCAACAGUGUGCUGACAAACAACAGAGCUGUCUUUGGUGGAACAAUUUAUGUUUUCUCAAGUAGUGUAUCCAUCUCCUGCAGUACACUGACAAACAACAUAGCUGACCAUAGUGGUGGAGUUAUUCAUGUUUACAGAGGUAGUGUUUCCAUCUCUGGCAGUACGCUAACAAACAACAGAGCUGACUAUGGUGGAGCGAUUUAUAUUUCCUCAAGCAGCGUGUCCAUCUUCAACAGUAUGCUAGCAAACAACGGUGCUAACAGCAGUAGUGGAGCGAUUUACGUUUCCUCAAACAGUGUGGUGUCCAUCACCAACAGUGUGCUGACAAACAAUAGUGCUGACAUUGGUGGAACAAUUUAUAUUUCCUCAAGCAGUGCGUCAAUCUCCAACAGUACACUGACAAACAACAGAGCUGACUCUGGUGGAGCGAUUGGUGUUUACUUAAGUAAUGUGUCCUUCUCUGACAGCAUGUUGACAAAUAACAGUGCUGACCAUGGUGGAGCGAUUGAUAUUUUCAAUAGUCGAGUCAAGUUUAACGGACCUACAAGACUCAGUAACAAUCGUGGUGGUGUGUUGGGUGGAGCCAUUAAAGCAGUCCAGAGUGAAAUGUACAUUAACACAGAAAGAACAAUCAUAACCAACAACACAGCUACCUCUGGAGGAGGGAUAUUUCUAGGAGAGAGUACACUCUUUAUAACCAAGCCAAUAGAGAUCUAUCACAACACAGCACACCAGGAUGGUGGAGGAAUUUAUGCAUAUUCCAGUAAAGUUGAAUUCCGAUCAAAUAAACAAAGUGAGAUUGUUGACAAUAUUGCAGAGAAUAAUGGUGGAGGUAUUUAUGCAGCAGCUACAACCAUUAAACUAACGCAAUCAUACGUCAACAUUGACUCAAACACAGCUAAAGCUAAAGGAGGUGGAGUGUACCUACAGCAAAGUUCAAAACUAUACCUGUUUAAAGAAGUCUUCGAAUAUCUGGCUAAUAGUUCUAACUAUCAAUUAUUGUAUGUCAAGUUAAUGAUUAACAACAACUCGGCACAGCAUGGAGGGGGGAUAUUCGUAGCGGAUGACACUGAGAGUGGUACCUGCAGAGGAGAGGGCACAGAAUCCAGACAAACCAUUUUUGUUGAUUGUUUUAUUCAAACUAUUAACCUGUAUGGGAUAGGCAAUAAUCCAAACUAUUUCAACACAUUCAUGACUAACAACACAGCUACCCAGUCAGGAGCAGACAUCUACGGAGGUCUAUUGGACAGGUGUACAGUAAGUAAAUUUGCUGAAUAUCACAUUUCUUCAAAUGGACCUGGAUUGAAUUACAUAAAUAAUAUCGUAAAAUCCCCCAGCGAGUUAUCAAUUUCUUUGAGACCUGUUAAAGUAAUCUUUUGUAAUAAUGGCAGUAUUUCUACUAGAAAGGGACACUUGUUUAAAAUCAGCAUUAUGGCUGUUGACCAAGUUGGAAAUCCAAUGAAUGCCACAAUUCGCAGUUCUGUUGUCAGUGAGAAUGGAUUUGAUCGUCUCAACGAAGGACAGGAAAAACAAACAGUUGGCAAUCAGUGCACAGAAUUAGAGUACAAUGUAUUCUCACAAGACAACUCUGCUCAAGUGGAACUGUAUGCUGAAGGUCCAUGCAUUAAUUUGGGAAUUUCAAGACAACUUAUCAAUAUUUCUUUUCUGCCCUGCACAUGCCCAAUUGGACUCAAACCAACUCGAUCCGAUACUGAAUGCAAGUGUGACUGUGAUCCAUUCUUGCAACAAGGAUAUCCGAUAACAAACUGUUCUGAGAAAAAUGGUACCAUAACGCUUGAAAGUAAUACCAACAUAUGGAUAGAAUUCAUAAAUACCACCAAUGGAACGUAUGUUAUUAGUAACUGUACAUUUGACUAUUGCGUAGAAAAACCAGUCAACAUCAGUCUAAGCAACCCUGACGAACAGUGUGCCUACAAUCGAAGUGGGGUAUUGUGUGGAGAAUGUAAACCAGGACUAAGUCUUGUGUUGGCCACGUCAAACUGUAUAGAAUGCUCUGAUCUUUACCUUCUUCUACUAAUUCCAUUUGCGCUGGCUGGCAUAUUGCUAGUUGCUUUAAUUCUCGUGCUCAACAUCACUAUAGCAACUGGAAAUAUUCAUGGCCUCAUUUUCUACGCCAACAUAGUAGCUGCUAAUACAGCAAUUUUCUUUCCUAAUUUAAACAACUUUUUAACAGUUUUUGUAUCAUGGGUGAAUCUUGACAUGGGAAUCGAAACAUGCUUUUACAAUGGAAUGAACUCUCAAGCAAAAGUACUCCUUCAACUUGUCUUCCCAGCUUACGUGUUUCUUCUAAUGUUUCUUGUAAUCAUUUUGAGCAAGUACUUUAACUCAUUUGCAAAGCUCCUCUCCAACAGGAAUCCUGUUGCUGCCCUAGGCACACUUGUCCUAGCUACUCUCUUAUUCCAAAUUCUUGCGUUUUAUCAUUGCUGCACUACAACACAGGGUCUUAGAUUAUCCUGAUGAUACAAACGAAAUAGUUUGGCUGUACAAUAGCAAUGUGAAAUACUUCACUAUCAAUCACAUCCCUCGGUUUGUUGCAGCCGCCAUAAUUCUCAUUGCCGGUGGAUUGUUCACUGUAUUGCUCGUUUUUGGACAAUGGUUUCCUCGCUGUUCAAAGGUUUUUAAAUGGACUGAGAACACAAAAUACAUUGGCUUCAUGGAUGCAUACCAUGCUCCAUUCACUCCCAAGCAUCGCUAUUGGGUGGGACUGCUCCUCUUUGCUCUGAUUACUCAUAAUCUAGUAGUUGCCAUGGCUCCAGACACGUCUCUCCCUAUUCUAUCAUCUGGGGUUCUAUCAGUUGGACUGAUUGGAUGGAAACUACUGAAUAAUCGUUCUUAUAAAAAUAAGUUCUGUGGUUCCCUUGAAACUCUCUAUCUACUCAAUGUUGCUAUUUUUGCAUUUGGCACCUUCUAUGUCAAAAAUACAAAGAAAAAUCAGUCAGCACUAGCCAAUACUUCGAUAGCUAUAUCAUUCAUUCUGUUUGUGACAACCCUUUGCUACCAUUUCUACCAAUUCGUGCUCAAGAAGCUCAAUACAUGGCUGAAGAUAGAGGACACCAUAAGGAACUUAAGAGCUGGAGUUGCAGACAUGAGACUCCAACAAGCUAACAAUAGCCGGGAAAAUUAUCAGCAAAUAAACGAUGACGAUUGAUUUCUUGAAGUAGUCGACAACUAUGAGCAAAGACACGUACCCGUGGACCAACCUUACACUGAUAGAGCCAUGGAAGAAGCUGACCCUGAUCGUUACAUCACUCCUCCCAUCAUCAGAUCAGCCACGAGGUCUGACCAGCUGAGACUAUCCUACUUGGAUGAACUAGCCCCCCUCACCACAGAGGACUACACCCCGGCCCCUCCCUCUACGAGCGUCAACCGUGAUCCCAUUGUUACACACACAGAAAUUGCCCCCAUAAACAAUGAUGAAGUAUGAACUGUCUUAUUUAGCUAACUUAAAGUUACCCCUAAACUUUCGUAGGCAAUGUAUUCUAUAGUUAUAUAACUGCUGUUAGCAAUUUUGAUUGUUUUGUGUUAAUAAAUAUAUUAGAGAUAGACAUUUUUUUGCUAUAAUUAAUUAUAAUUUCGUG